GUUAGAAUUGGAGGGAAUUGGACAAGGGGAUGAUGCAUGACUCAACAAAACUCGAGAGAAACUGAGGAGCAUCCUCGAUUCUCUCUCAUUGUUGCAUAUUCCAAUUCCGCCGCAAUGAGUAGUCCUUCAGAAUCAUCUAAAGCGAAGAAACGCCGAAGAGAGGCCGAAAUUGAAGACGAUGGUGGGGACAAUACUGAAAAUUUCUCUUUGGAGGACUGUCUUACAUUUAACGAUACUUUGGCGGCGCUUCAUAUGAUGCGAGCUCAGUUUCCCACCAUUGACAAGGUGUCAAUUCAGCCAUUCAUUUUGCAAUCACAGUUGUAUAGUAGUUUGAAAGACCGAACAGAAGUAGACAGGGAACUAGAGUGUCUAAAACGAGAAAAAGUAGUGCGGGUAUUCAAACUAAAUACUGGACAAGAUGAUCAUGCAAUAAUGUUUUUGGAUGACUAUCUGAAGCAGAUUGACCAUGCGAUAUCAAGAUUUGAAGAAAGGAUGAAACGUGGCAAGGAGAUUUUUCUAUGGUUUAAGACGCAUGUUAUUGAUUGCAAAUUGGAACCUAGUAUUGGACAUCAGGAGCUUUGCACUCUCUUAUCUCUUGGGGGAAAGAUUAAAGAUGAAGAUAUCUCCCUCCUGAUGAACACUGGACUCUUAAAUCGCCAACUUAUAGAUCCAAACGUGUAUUGGUUUGCAAUUCCAAGUAUUGGUUCUGUACUGAAAGACAUUUCUCAGGGUAGAAAGGAACUCGUUUCUUUGCUGAAACGUACCAAAUACAAAGAAAUGAUGAUGACAUCUUUGCAGAAAAAGCGUCUUCGCUUUUCUUCACUUGAUAUGAGAUUUCAUAUACGAGAUUUAAUUGGCUCCGGUUACCUCCGAACUGUGCAGUCACCGACAGGCUUACUUGUUCAGUUAUCGAAAGAUUAAAAUCAGGAGGACUGAAUCAUAUGCUUCUGUUUGCUUUCCUCCCCCACUUGUUUAUUAACUAAGUAAUUUGCUAUUACUUCAAACUUUCUUGUAUUUGGGGCGCUACUUUCCUUUCAUUAAAUCAAUGAAAAUUUUUAUGUCCUUUCAAAGAAAAAAAAGAUCUAUCACUUGAAUAGUCUUUAAUAUAUAAUAUACUAGAAUUCAGAGAAAA